UUGUAAUAUGUACAAGUAACAAACACAAUACAAGUAACUUAUGUACUAUGAUAUGAGUUAUAUACUAUAACUAAUAACCUAAACAGGUCAAAACUAACAAAAUAUCCCCUCUAACCCCUCUCCUCCCUCUGCCCUGAUCCCUAAACUCAGCCUUAAAUGGCUGCUGGAGUCCUGAGGACCCCCGGAGAUAGACCUGUAUCUGUCAAAAAAAAAUGAGACAUGUUAAGUUUUGCGUUAUAAUUUAAUUAAGAAAAAUCCGUAAUUUUAACAAACAAUAAGUAUUGUUAAAAUUCCAGAUUUACAUGGGGCCAAAAUGCAAAUGUUGCAGUUGAUAAAUAAUAUCUGAGUAAAAGUUAAAUUAAAACAACAAAAAAUGUGUUUCUCUUUAAAGGGGAGGACUUUCUGUGAUGACAUGGUCAGAGUCCAACCAGAGAAAUUCAGAGAUAAUCCGGCUGAUGAAGGUGAGGGAUGAAAACUUCAUAUUGUUAAAUGCAUUAGCUGCUCUUGACUAUUAUAAACCUGUGUAUAAUCGUCAUUUAAGAUGUGUAUUAAUGUGUAGAUAGAUGAAUUAAUACUUGUAUCAAAAUGACACCAGAGAUCUUACUCUGAGUUUCUUCAGUAUUAUACAGCAUAACGUUAAAAUAUCAUCAAUAUUAUGGGCUAUUUUGAUAGAUUUGUUGAGUAAAUUUAGAAAUAUAACAUCUAUAUUGUACAGUUUAUGGGGUCAUAGUUGUCCGGUAUAUAUGGAGCUGUUAAUAGUUAACAUAUUUGGCUUGAAAACAAACAUGAGGAUCUGUACUUCCACUGAUUUGUCGAUGCACUCUGAGAUCUCAGAUUGACUCCAAUGACCCAAACACGCUGACAAAGACUUGACGAUUUUUUCUUAUUUUAAACUGCAAAAGACAGCUGCACAGUUAAAAGUAUUCUUCCCUAUCAAUGCAUGAAAAGUCUAAAAUAAACUUAAAUCUGUUUAAAGACUCAGUUUGAUGUCAGUGAUGGAAACUGAAUACCGGCAGUUUAGGUCGUCUGACAGCACCCCUGUGUACGAGAGAGAGCACAGCAUGCCUGCACCAAAAGGUAAAACACACACCGGACUUUAUUUUGACUCGACUUUAAUAUCAAAUUAAACUGAAUGUUAUAUUUACAGGCUUGAAGAGUGUGGUGGCUUAUUUCCUUUAUGGAGUCCUGGUGCUGCUGCUGUUGAUUCUGCUGAUGGUUACUGGGAUAAAAUGUACUUUUAACACUCCAGUUUACAUAUAUAUUAGAAGUUACACUCUUUGUCUUUUAAUAAAUAUAUAUUUGUAUGUGUGUGUGAAAGUCUCACAGCUAAACAAGGACAUCAGUGAUGUGAAGCUUCAGCUCCAGAGUAUCAACAAGGCAGGAUCCACCUCAGGCUCACAUUCAAGUCAGUUUAUGGGUUUUCACAUCUGGAUAUACAGAUGUAGCUCUCCACUUCAUUUUAUUCAUGCAGCUUCUCUUUCUUAUCGUUCCAAGGCCCAAUAGUGCAGGACGUUCCUUUAAAGUCAGUUGCGCCAGUGAAAGGUGAAAAACUCAACAAUCAAUCCUCUCAAAAUCAAGAGUUUGUGUUUCCUCCCAGCAGAAUAAUUCACCUUUUCUUAAUCGUAAUCCAAUCAGGAUUGUGCAGGGAGGGAUGGUCGUCCUAUCAGAGAAGCUGCUACCUGCUCUCCACCUCAGGUCUUGUCUGGCACCAAGCAGAUCAGCAGUGCCGGACACACGGGGGGCACCUGUUGGUCCUGAACAGCAUGGAGGAGCUGGUGAGCUUUAAGUUUGCACCAGCGACACUUAUUUUAAAGUUUGAUAGGCUCUGUAUGAAGAACCAAUACAAAGAGAAAAAUACAGAGAAAAGCACUGAUGGUGUUGUUUAUUCUUAGGACUACAUUUCCCAGAUAGUUGAGCUCAGGUUCAACUACUGGAUCGGACUCGUGGAGAGAGAAGAGGACCACUGGACCUGGGUGGAUGGAACCUUCUUUAAUUCAACACAAGCGUAAGACAGAUUAAGGCAACAAGAUCAUAAACUAAUGUGAACACAGACUGAUGAAUUCUCUCUCUGUAUGUGUUCAGUUUCUGGGAUGAGGGUCAGCCCGACAACUGGGACUUCAGGGAGAACGGAGAGGACUGCGGGCAGCUUCACGCCUCCCUGACACGUAAACGCAAGCGGUGGAACGACGCGGACUGCGGCCUGCAGUACAGAUACAUCUGUGAGAGAUCAGUGUGAGGAGCUGUGAGAGAUCCAACAGAGCCGCUGAGCGUCACUGACAGGAACAGGUCCGAACAUGUGUUUGUUAAAACAGGUCAAAUUUAAACUGAAGGAAAGGAGAAGACGACUUUUUAUAUCAACUCAAGUACAUUUUAGUUAAAGUUACUGAUACAGAGAUGCUUUUGCACAGGGGCGCUUCAGGAGAGGUGGUCAAGGGUGGCAUGGGCCCUUUAAAUCUGACCGGCCACCCCUGGAAUAUGAUUGGCUUUUUACCUCGCUAAUCAAAAUAAAAAAAUCUAUUCAUUUAUCAGAGUUACAACAAACUAAUAGUGGCUUUGUCCAUUUUCUUUUGUUGGUUCUCAAAACUGUAGAAAAGUAUUUGGAUCAUUUUCAUUUUAUUUGACAGGUUUGAAAGAAAGAAAUCAGACAUUUAAAUACAUUUAAGACAUUUAUAAUCUAUAAUUCAGUAUCAAAGUUGGUAAAGAAGUUUAAUUAUUGAAAUUGUGACUCUUGAAUAAAUAAAUAAAACAUGCAACAUUCAUAUUUUUGUUUUCUUUAAUGUCAGCAAUGAAAGCACAGUGAUGAUCUAUUAAAUAAAGUUGUACAUUAAUGGUAAUAAAGUGAGUAUUUGAGCCUAUGAUCUAUACACAGACUGUUUAUCAAUAUUUCACA